AUAAUAAGAGCCUAGUAAGCACAGUUUCAUUUUAGUUAUUCACUAACUGUCAAGCAAGUAACACAAAACAGCUUACUCCCAGCGACAAGAGCUAACCCAGGCCAAAUAUCACAAGAGAAAAAAAUACUAUUUUUGUUUUUUGAAAGUUCAUUUAAAAGUUGCAACCAUUGAGGAAUACAAUGCCAUCAAUAAUUAACAGUAAUCUUGACCCAUUAAGUAGUAGUAGUAGUAGUAGUAGCAGCAGCAGUAGUAGUAAAAGGGGUAAUGAACAACGCAAGCAACGUAACACUUCCACUUCUUCGACCAUGACAAAUGAAUCCUAUUCCAUCUCUCUCGGUGUAGGGCCUCUGUGGUGGUCCGAUGUCACUAGCCUCCACAGAACAGAUCACGAUAGGACAUCUCUACAAAAUGAUUUAAAUCGCAAAACAUCACUAGAUUCAACCAGUUCAUCACAAUUUUCCGAUAUUGAUUUUUCUGAAACUUACGACGAUAUAUCUGCACCAACACCAGCCGCUGCUGGCAUUGGAAAGAAUGACGGUCACGCUGUAUCAAUGUCUGAAGAUGAUUGCGACGAAGUUGUUAAACGAAUUUUACAUCAAAAGAAACCGAUUCGCAUCACCUUAAAAUUACAUGUCACCGAAGCAACAUUCAGCGUUUGGGAUACCGUUUUGAAUCCAGAAAAUAACAUUUUAUACGUUGCAUUACCAACCGUUCUCUUGCCAGAAGCAUCCAAACAAUCGUUCAUCACAUUGCUUGAAUUUGCCGAAGAGAAAUUGGAUGUUGAUGCAGUCGUUUUAUGUAUGCGCAAAGAUCGCGUUGAUCGUCCAAAUUUGGUACGAACAUUUUUGUUCCUCGGUUUUCAACCAUUGUCACCAAAAUCAACAUUGGCACCACCACAAAGUGGCACCGAGAACAAUCUAUUCCUCAUCUAUAAAAUUGAAGACGACUAAAUUCAACCAUCAAUACCAAUAAUACCAAAGCAACAUCACCAGACGACAACGUCAAUGUGUCUUCGAUGCUAUAUGCCUGCUCAACAUCAACAGUGCCCGUCGAAGUACUUUCUAUGCAGAAAUUGAUAUCGACAUAAUUAAAUAACAUGUAUUACUUUAUACACUCUUCAUUCAAUUUAUACACUCCUAUCACAUUUAUUAUCCAGCACAUUUGAAAGAAAAAAACAAAACAAUCAAACAAACAACAUUUUGAAUCUAGAACAACUAUUGCGAUUUAUCAACAUCUAUAAACAAUAAAAUCAUUUGUAGAGUUUGAAAUGUCCUAUCAUAAAGGUGACUCAAUAAUUAAAAAAAAAACUAAAAAAGUGACAGAAAAAAAAAUUUAAAAAAGUAUAAAAACGUGGCAACAAAAAAAUUACAAAACGUGGCAUAAAAAAUCAAAAAAAAAUGUAUAUAAGUAAGGAAAUAGAAAAAAAAUUGUUUAUCACAUAUAUUGUACAAUUACCAGAAAUUUACGGACCCAGCAUUUUCUCUUAAUUUUUUUUCAAACCUAAUUUAAUUAAUUAACAAAAUAAUUGAUAAGCUGGAAAAAGAUUUGGAAUGCGAGUCGAGUAAAUAAUAUCGAUUUUAAGAAGAAAAAAAAAAUUUAACAACUACAAAUCAUUCAAUUCAGUUGUGCUGCCUUUGAGGUCGCAAAGCAUUUGAGAAAUAAUAUCUGGUUUUAAAGAAAAUGGAUGCGUAACAAUUCGAAAAUAUUUGAAACGUAAAAAAGCUUUUCAUUUCAAUACAUUUUUGUGAUAGAGAAUUUUCAAUUUCAUUUUUUUUUCUUAAGAUUAUUUACUCUGGUUAUUUUACAUUGUUUUUUUUUUUUCUUCUUUUGAUUGAACACAUUCAACUAAAUAUUUGCUUAACUUCAACUUUUUCGUAUUUUUUUCCUUUAUUUUUUUUUAUUCGUAUUCAUAUUUAAAAAGAAAAAUACCUCUUUAUCAAAAAUGAGGCAUAGUUUUAAUAUUAUUCAACUUUGCAACAUCUUAACAUUUUAUCCACAUUAUCAAAUAAAAGAGUUGCAAAAAUUAAAGAAAACCACACAAUUAGCGAUUAGGAAAACCAAUAUUGUUAACGAAAUGCUUGAGUGACAGUCAAGUCAUUUUCGAUAAAUAGAAACAAAUGAGAAAUUUAAAAGAAAAACCUCCCUGUAUCCUUUAAACAAAAUAAACACAAUUCAAAUAAAAUUUUGCAUUUUGCUCGACUUCAAUCAGCUUUUGCGAACAAAA